GGGGUAGUAGUCGUGUGGUUGUGUUUAAGAUUAGCAAUCAGCUCUUUUCUUCUCUCGUUUAUUGUAGUUAUGUGCCAGGUGUGUAUUGACAUCAUUGUGUAACAAAUAUAUCCAACUGUUCAACAGACUGGCACACAUGCUUUUGUUUCACACGUCUUCGAAUAUCUGAUAUCUUACUAUCCUCGUUCUCUCUCCACACGAACUAUUACAAACUUAAAGGACAAGAUGUCCAAUACAGACAACAUUGAGGACCAAGGUUCAGAUGAAAAACCGAAAUCUUUAAACAAAAGUUAUUCGUUGAUAAGAAUGACGACUGAAAACUCUGAUUUGUACAGGACUAAUUCCAAGAUGAUAUUGGUCACCCGUGAUCCAGUUUAUACCAACAAAACCAUUGUACAGGGCCAUUAUAUUGGACCAAAACCUCACAACUAUUUACCUUUGGCUAUUUUUGUGACUAUUAUCAACCCCUUACUCGGUCCAAUUAGUAUAAUGCUUUCAGUGAUGUCAAACCGUGCUUAUGCCCAAGGAGAUACCAAAUAUGCCCUCAAGUGGAGUUUGAACUCAUUCUUCUGGAGUGUCAUAUCCAUUGUGGUUGCUAUUGUGGUGUAUUUAGCCAUUGGUUUCUCCCUCAGCAACAUCAGAACUCGUGGUGGCUAUAUUGGCUAUUAAAACAACAACAAUAAGGAGGCUGACUCUAAUGCCGAUGGUCAAAGGAUGACCACUUUGUAAGAGUUGCUGCUCUCCUUCUCUCCCCCCUCUCUCUUUUUCCUUCCUUCCAGACAUCAUCAACUAACAUCUUUAUAUAUUAAACAGCUUCAACAUUUAAAGAAUUAUUUUUCUCAGGAUUUUUACAUGAUGAUGACGA